CGUGUGAGUGUGUAGAUACAAAAAAAGCGCACUACGCUGUGAGAGUGCAGUUAUGCAGCGAUCCGGUGUUGGAAGCAGCAGAGUGGAUUACGGAUGAGGGGGACAAAUUAUCAAUCCAAGAUGUGAUGUGGGAAUUUACAGAGCCUCACCAUGCUUUUUAAAUGGAAUCUUUACCUUCUAUUAUGGCUUCUCUCAUUUCAUGGCACGUUGCUAACGGGAGAACAUCCCAAGGGAUUCUCACGUAAAGCUUUUGAUUCUGGAAUUGAGGAAAACAUACUCGGACGUUCCUCAAAUCCAUCUGUGAGUUGGGACUACGGUCGGCAGGGAGCUCUCGGUGAAUAUAGUGAUCUCGAGGAGGCUUCGGAGACAACGCCAUCACAUCGAAGGGACGAGGAACCAGAGACUGUGAGUGCUGCAGAAGUUACCGCAUCAUUAGCUUCUUCAACAGAUGGCAUUAUCUUGAACGUUUUCCCAACCGAGGAACCCGCUCCAGAUCUUACAUCCGUCAAGCAGAAAGGCACUCCACAUGGCAGAUCGGGAAGGAAUGUUACAACAUCAAAAGCUGCCUUUGAAUAUGUGAUUCCAAUUAGAGGAGCUAACACAGAGACAGAAAGAGAUGGGGUCCAAGGUGCUGACGAUGACCAGCAACUCCCAAAGCCAAGUGGUCCUCUUCGGACAUCGGUCACAACAGCAAUCCCAACAUGGACUCCCAACAUGUACCAGGAUGAAUUUCCACCCAGUGACUCCCUGGAUCCCGGUCUGGAUCAUAGUCCUGCCCUUUUUGUUCCUCUGUACUCGGACUGGAACACCGCCCUCGCCACGUGGGGAUUUGCCUGGGAAGCUCACAUCUACGGUCUUGGGUCUGUCUUUACGGUGUUUGGCCUGAUCUCAGUGGUCUGCCUGUUGGGCCUGCCAUUCCGGUGUCCAUCUGGAAGCCACUACUUCACGCUGCUGCACUUGUUCCUCGGCGGAUUCGCAGGAAUUCAGGCUUUCGGCUUGCUCUAUGACGCUUACAGACAUCAAGACCGUCUUCCUCCUCUAAGCUCUCUGCUGCUCUCUCAGCUUCCAUUCCCUUGUCUGAUAUCUGCUUUCUCCCUUGCCUUCUUCCUUCUUUCUUUGCGCUCCCGCAAGCAUCCUGCCCUUUCACUGGCCAUUUCCCCCUCGCUGUCUGCCCUCCCCAAACCUUGCCUCCUGCUGUCUUUAUCCCUGGUGCACUUUGGUGUUUCCCUAGGCUGCAUUGGUAUUCUCCAGCUCUUUCACAGCAUCCCCGCUAUCGUCCUCCUCGUCCCUCAGGGCGUCUUUGUGUGCUUGGCACUCUUUCUCUCAAGCUCAUUUGUCAUCUUCUACUGUCUGGUACAAGUGGACACCAAACACAUCUACAGGCUGGAGGACAAUAGGGAAUGCGGCGGAUCUCCUGAGUUGACGCAUCCCCUCAGUUGCCCUUUUGCAAAAGUGGAAGACUGGGGGCGAGCAGCAGGUGCCGGAGUCUGGGCUUCCGUGUGUUUGUUAGGAUGCGGAGGCCUUCAACUCUAUGGAAUCUUACACGCUCUUGGUUUCGGCGGGGUGGAAAGCUACGGCUUCCUGCCCUGGCCCUGGUGGGGAUAUCAGAUCGGAUGCCGGCUGUGUGAGGCCGGAGUAUGUCUUGGUUUGUCUCUCAUCAGCACGCAUCCUCUGUUCUGUCAUAACAAGUCUUUCAAGGCUCAUCCCAGGCCGAGGUCUUGGUCUCGACUGUCCUGUAGCUCGCCCUCGCGUGGGAUGUCCUUGCCCUCUCCGGGGCAUGCAAAUUCAGCCGACAUACCACCGAAGAUGGUAGAGUGCGGUGUCACGACAAAGGGACAGUCGGAGGUUCUUCCGCUUGGUUUGAUGGUGGAUUCUUCCGCAAAUGGUCUUGCUUACAUCUCUUUACCAAACCAAUCCCAGACUACUUCACUACCGACACCUGCGAGUCCAGUGCACAAGCCAAAAAAUGUCAACUUUCAGCUAUCCUCUCUGAGUUUAGGGGCUGACUCUACUGCGGACCUACGACCUCCAUCUCCAAUAGAUUUGUCCCGCAGUAUCGACCAGGCUCUCUUCGGUGAAUCCCUAUUUUCUCAGAGUAUAUUUGGCUUGCCGAGACUCUUUCCUAGUUCCUCCAGCCAUUCAAUGGACUCUCCUGAACAAGGCACAUCGAAACAAGGGCCCGCCUCUGCGGACAGUUGUCUUUAUCGAACCUCUUCCUGUGGAGAGCUGGACCAGGAGAACAAUUGUAAACCUUCCCAAUCUCUCGGUAUACUGAAAUCUCACAACAAAGCACCAGUGUCAUCAGAGCAGCCUGAUUGGAAAGGAAGCAUUUCCGGUUCAACGCUGGCCUUGUGUAGCAACGCCAAGGAGACAAGAAAGCUACGCUCCAAUUCCUGGGCCAACAGAGGGCAAAGCGUGGCGCACAACAACCUCCCACGCGCCAUCCCUCACUUGUCUUACUACAGACGAUACCGAACCUUGAGCGCCACCUCUAGGGAUAGCCAGGGAUCUGGACGACUGGCGGGGACUAAACACCUUAGCGACAGCAAGCAGCUAGAAUGGGAUCUGGUUGUGCAGGCAGAGUUUGUCAAUGUUUGCAAGCAAAUUGACACUUUCAGCAUUUGCAGUGACACCAUUGAACUGUAGUUUUACAUAUAUAUAUAUAAAUUUAAUUCAUGAUUUUAUAAUUUAAUAUUUUCUCAAGGUGGUGGUGACAUUCACUGUGAAUGAUUCACAUGACAAAAUUAGGUACGCUUUUGCAAUCUAAUGAAAUACGAGAGCAACAAUUGUGUCUUUUUGUGGUAGCAAUGCUCUGUUUUGAUUGACACUGUCAGAGAAAUGUAUUGAUAUAUUUUUUUCUACAUAAAAUGAGCAAUAUCUUAGAACAAGAGUGUGCGAUCAGUGUCAUCUAUUUAAUCAAUGUGCACAUUCCAACAAUCAUUCACACACACGUACACUCACAAAACGGGCCCUUCCACGGCACAUACUGUUGAAUUUGCACCUAACUGUGCAAGUGAGAUGGUAAUAAAGGAAUGUACAAUGUCGAUUUUUCUCCAACAGUAAGCAAAAAAGAAAAAAACGUUUUCAA